CACCAAGAGUACAAUCCAGGUUUGAAUCCAUGUUAAUCUUGAGCCAGAUAUAUGCAAAAUACAAUGGGAAAUCAUUAGUACACACACACUGGAUAUCUCCUGCUUAAGCAACAUGGAUUCCACACUGGAGUGCAAUGCAUCAUAAUUUGAUGAUUAAACUCUACUACACUUGCCGAUUGUGUCCAUUUCAUAUGCAACUACAACAACUGGAGUCGCCACAACAUCACAUCUCUUAUCUCUGGCCUAAAUCCUGGUCUCAAAACCUCCUCAAAAAAGUACUUUGACAAGAUACAACGUUGCAGUUUUUAUAAUCGAAGAACAUGGCGCAGAUAAGAAUUAUUCUUGGAACAAUGAAUUUUGGAUCACAAAUAUCUAAGCAAAAGUGUCCUGAAUUUGUCAACAAAUUUCUUGAAUAUGGUCAUAAGGAACUUGACACUGCAAUCAUGUAUGUGAAUGGAGAGGCAGAGAAAAUUAUCGGCACUAUUCCUGUUUGUAAAGAUAGUGACAAAGUACUUUUAGCAACAAAAGCAAAUCCAGACAAAGGUUUUAGUUACGAUGGAGUUAUCAAGCAGCUGAACACAUCACUGCAGAGCCUUCAAGUAGAUCGGGUUGACAUAUUUUACCUUCAUUGGCCUGAUCAUAAAUUGCCUGUUGAAGAUACGCUGAAAGCAGUUAACCAGUUAUACCAAGAGGGAAAGUUCAAAGAAUUUGGUUUGUCAAAUUUUAAAUCUUGGGAAGUUGUCAAUGUGUAUCACAUCUGCAAGGCUAAUGGUUGGGUGUUGCCAACAGUCUAUCAAGGCAUGUACAAUGCACUAACCAGACAUGUUGAGGGAGAGCUGUUCCCAGCGCUGCGAAAGUUUGGCUUGCGAUUUUAUGCUUACAACCCGCUUGCAGGAGGACUACUGAGUGGAAAAUACCAAUUUCAAGAUAUCGAGGAGAAAAAGCCUCCAGGAAGAUUUUUUGGUCUUGGAGGCAAAUGGGCAGAAUCAUACAGAAAGCGAUAUUGGAAAAAAGACUACUUUGAUGGCAUAGAAAUGAUUCGAAGCGUUCUGGAUAACCAAUAUGGCGAAGGCAAAGUUUCAGUAGCAGAGGCUGCGCUCCGGUGGAUGAAGCAUCACUCUCUUCUAAUUCCGGAUGAUGGGAUUAUAAUUGGUGGCUCAAAGAUGGAACACCUACAAAGCAAUUUGAAGGCUGUUGAACAGGGACCGCUACACGAAGAUGUUGUAGAAGCAUUUGAUGCGGCGUGGAAGAAUGUUCAAGGAAACUGCCCAACCUACUACCGUUGAUAUCCUCUGUAAUAACAAUACGGAAUUCGAUUCUCCAAGUAUUUACAUCCCAUUUCGUCAAAUGGUCAAAUGUACUAAAUAAACGUCAACUCAGAAGAAAAAUGGCGUGUAACGCCUCUAUGUUAAAAUAUAAUUACUUCUAAAAAUAGCAUGCAUGUCUAAUUCGGUGGAAUGUUUGUAAAGCCAGAAACAAUUGAACUGUGUAAUGUUUUAUAAAUGAUGUGCAUUUGAUGUUAUUUCAGCUCCAAGAUUUGUUCGUCAAUGAUUUGUAAAGUAUAGAAUGACAGCCGUUCUUUUAGAGGAAUUAUUUUGUCACCUUUUUUCCUAAAUAGGUUUAGAGAAUGUUUUUUCAAUGAAUUGUUAGAAUUUUGCAAAUGUUUGACAAUGAAGCAUCGUUGCGUUAGUUAGAUGUAGUUUAUAUCUGCUUCUACAUAGAAACUUCCUUUUACCACAGUAUGAAGUAUACAAAGGUGCUUAGUUUACCGGAUAUUCUUUCAACUUAUGUUCUUCCAAGCUUUUUUAACAAAGCCAGUACGAUAUAGAGAACCUCCUUUUCAUUUGUUAGGCGUCAGUCAAUUAAUAAACCAAGCUAAACGCAAACUUUAACUGCAGCCGUCUGGAAAUAAAUAGGAGAUGAUAGUUUGUAAUGGAUAGAAAAAUUGUUGCGCUUUUGAACACUGUUUGCCUUGCAAAGUUAAACCAGCCUAUAACUAACUUUAUACAACUUUCUUUGGGUAUUAUAAAUAAAGCAUACUUGUUCUACAUUGUAUCGACGUGCAGGGGCGGUAGAAUUAAAAAUAUGACAAAAUAUUAAUGUAACAAAAGAAUUUCUGUCGGUAAAAUAUGGUUUUGCAUCUCUUACAAGCCAAUCCCCCCCCCCCCCCCCCCCAGCGAGGAUGGUCUCGCGACGCCACUGUCGACGUGUAUAUGCGGUUAGUAUUUCGAAUCUCUCUAACCAUGUAUAAUGUUAUGUUUUAUUUCUUCUAAUUAGAUUUGUGAAAUUUCAAUCAUUUGCGGAAACCUUUCAACUAAAAACGAUUCUACUUAAGCUGUGUAUUUAUUUUAUAUCUUCAGCCACAUAUUGAAUAAAAAAGAUUUGUUAGCGAA